AUGGUUGAUACACCUCAUAUGGCCGCUCGUGAGCCACUUAUUUGGUUAUUCGAAUCAAAUCGUAAACGUUUUGCAACUCUAGUAACAUGCAAUAAUAAACAAAAGCAAAAAAGCCGUACUUAUAUGCAACGUGAAACUUUACCUUCUUCAAAUAUAAUCAAUCAAUUGAGAGCUUUUGAUCUUGAAUUUUUUGAUCAGAUUUUAGAAAUAUUUAUGAAUAAAAAUGAUUCAAAUGGAAAAAUAUUAAGAGUUAUAAUGAUACAAAUGGGACAAGGUGGCUGUAAUUUUGCAUGCGAAUGGCGGUUAUUGAUAUUUCAAGCUUAUACAACUAUAGCAAUACCGAAAAUUUGUCUCCCAGAUUUAGAUCCAACAUUUGCUAAAGAAACUAGGCUUACUUUUACUGUCGUGUAUCAAUUCAUAUCUAAAUAUCUUGACUCUAUAUCAUUUCAGGCAAAUGAAGCUUUUAAUAAUUUUGCAGAAAAAUCUAAUAAUUGUAUUUGGAGAAAAUUUUUGGACAAAUAUAUUUGUCCUGAUUUUUGGGAUACUUUGGUUCGAUUCCUCACAAAAAUUGCCCAUCAAGUAUAUCCAUUUACCAUAAAAGAAAUUAUAGAAUUUUCAUCAAACGUUGAAGAUUCAAAUUCUAUAGAUGCGUCUUCGUCCUCCUCCAUCAAGUAUUUCUUGGCUCAGUCACUUUAUGAACCUUAUAUGUUUGAACAUGUACCUAAACCAUAUAUGAAAUUUGUGGAUGAUGACAUUGAACUUGUCAUAAAUAAUAUUAAUGAUGAUUUGAAUCUGAUUUCUGAUCAAGAUUCUAAAAGUUGUCGUAGAGCAAUGAUUAUGGAAUUGGGUUAUCUAUUAACUAGGAAAAUCAUUGGUUUAGAUUUUAAUAUUGAAGAUAUCACUUUUACGUCUUCCUUAAAAUUAGUUGAUGAAAUUUCUGACAAGGAAAAUGAACAUCCUUCAAAUUUAUAUACUGAAGAUGAUGAAACUAAUCCUGCUACUGAUCACAAUGAAUCAGACGAUGAAGGGAUAUAUAAAUAUUUAUCUGCAACUCGUGAGGGUCCUCGAGGUUCCUCAACACAAAAAUUUUCGUCAAGAAUUCCAAGAAAAAUAUCUCUCAUGCAACGAAAAAGGUGA